GAACAUCGAACUCUUUGCUGUAUGUACCUGCGCAGCUUGCUUUAUUGAAGCUUACCACGAACAACAUCGAGAGCUCGCCUCCACCUCCUCUACACACUCAACGACCGCAGAAAAGCACAUAUUCUUCGGCAAGAUGGACAAGCAGCUUGAUGCCUGCUUCGACCGCGUCGAAAAAGCGUUGACUACGCUCGUCGACUCUAUCUCUAAAUACCAUCCGUCCGUGAACCAGGUCCACGAAUUAGGCCUCGCCGACGUCGAGCUUAACAAGGGCCUGGAAGACCUGCAAACCCACCAGUCCAACUACCGGCGGAUCCAAGACCUGCGCGCGGCGACCGCCAGCUUCGACUCCCAGAUCAAGGAGACGCUGCGCCUGCUAGCGAACACGCGGAAGGAGCUCGUCGGCGCGCCCGCCACCGUCUUCCCGUCCGACGUGCCCAGCUACGACAUCAACUACGACGAGCUCCUCGCCUACGCGCGGCGUAUCAGCAAGACCACGAUGCCGCCCGCCGGCAGCGCGUCCGCAGACGCCACGCAAGCGAAUUCCGGGGCCGAAACCGGCGUCGCGACACCCGCCGACGGCAUAACUCCCAACGGCGCCGCUCCCGCAGCACCACCGCAACAAGCCAACGGCGUUACCGCGGACCCAUCGUCCUCACAGCAACCGAACAACAACCCCAACGCCAGCAUGACGACCAUAACCGGGGCCGAAGCCAACCCCACAGCCCUACCAGAAGACAUGCAAUGGGAGCUCAACCCGUACCGGGGCUUCACAUUCUUCCCCUGGCCCUCCGAAGAGCAAGUCCGCCAGGGCGCGCUCGUCUCCCUCGCCUUCCUCGCCGAGCAGGGCAUCGACGCGGAGGACUACGACCCGGAGGCCGAGAAGCAGCGCAAGCAGCGCGAGGAAGAAGAGGCGAAGGCGGCGCAGGAGCGCGAGCGCUUGGAGAGGGAGGAGCGCGAGCGCAGGGCGCGCGAGGAGCAGGCGCGCUUGAGGGCCGAGCGCGAGAGGGAGCAACGGGAGGCUUGGCGGCGCGCGAGUAUUUCCGGUGGCGCGGCGGGAGCGGGAGCUGCUGGGACGGCGAGUUCGCCGGUCGGCGGUGAGAAGAAGCAGUUUCAGUUUAUGGCGGAUGAUGAUGAGGAUGAUGAUGAGUAGUGAGCUGGAGCUUGGGUGUUGACUACCUACGCAGCGGCUGUUGCUUGGUGGCUACGUGCUGAAGAAGGGGACCUGCGACGGUUGGUCUUGAAGGUGGGAGUAGGGGGUGGCCGGCAUGUAUAUGGAUCUGUCGGCAUAUGAAUGGAACUGAUUGCCUAUCUAUGAUAGGUCGCCGCCGGCCAAGACAUACGAAGCAAAAACAAUUCCCAGAAAUUCGGUUGAUUUACAAGAUUUUACCAAGCUCGGCAAAGAUACAUCUUCUUGUGAAAAGCCACUU